CUGGCAUUCAUCUUUGUGAUCACCAUCAGAGCGUAAUCAACAUUUGGCAAGGAUGACGACGAUCACCGCUUCCGAACGACAAGAGUUGAUCUCAUCUUCACUAAAAGCGCGCGAUUUGAGUUAUAGUCCUUAUUCUAAAUUCCGAGUAGGAGCUGCAAUUUUAACAAAAGAUAAACAAAUCAUCCUUGGUGCAAACGUUGAAAAUGCAUCAUACGGAGCAACAAUUUGUGCAGAACGAACGGCAUUCGUUAAAGCCAUAACAGAAGGACAUAAACAAGGAACUUUCUUGGCUGUUUCAAUCUCUGGAGACAUCGACAAUCAUUGCUCGCCAUGUGGUAUUUGUCGACAAUUUAUGAGAGAAUUUUGUUCUCUUGAUAUGCCAAUUUACUUACCUUAUUCAUCUUGGACGAAAGAAAAGGAUAUCGAACGUACUACUGUGAUUAAUACAACUUUGGGAACUUUGUUACCUAUGAGUUUCGGACCGGAAGAUUUGGACCGAGAGAGGAAAUCAUAGUGAGCAAGUAAAUAUCAUCGUUAUUGCAACAGAGUUCGAAUUAAAGCGGAUAAUACGCUCUAAAUAGAGAUGUACACUAGUAGGCAUUUCCAAAACAUUGUGGUAUAUGAUAGAGGGUAAACAGUCAAACAUUUCUUAUACAUAC